AUGAUCGCAUUCGCUGCAUCAGAGAACCUGGCCGAACUUGCAGCCUCCGACGUAACCUUCAGUGACGGCACCUUCUACACCUGUCCUACUAUGUUUCACCAGAUUUACAGCAUCCACGUACAGAUUGAAGGCAUCAUGACCCCAGCUAUUUAUGCACUACUUCCCAGAAAGAUCCAGGCUAUCUACAACCGUUUCUUCACGCUACUACAGGAUCACAUGGAAAACUUACAGAUUCCAUUCCGACCAACAACAGCCUUCGUCGAUUUUGAGGUAGCCGCACACAACGCCAUCCGCAGUGUCGUCCCUGGUAUCAACAUAAAAGGCUGUUUUUUCCAUUACACUCAAUGUAUUUGGCGAAAGGCCCAGUCAACCGGACUCCAGACACUGUACCUUGAGAACGACGACGUCAAACUACUUGUCCGCCAAGCUGCUGUUCUUCCACUCAUCCCCUUAGCCCGCAUAGAAGACGUCUGGUUCCAAACCCUUGAAGAUGCUGAUGAUGCUGAUAUACCACAUCCCAUGCUGCUUUUCAUAGAGUACGUCACAGAGCAAUGGUAUCUUUUAAGAGGGAUGCUAGGGUUUGGAUGUCCCGGGUUCAUCCCUCUGACAUCAUGUAGCCUCACGCAGGAGGCCACUUUUCCCUUCGUUCACUCUCCUCUCUGA